UAAAAACACUCUAACUGUCUAAAAUCAAAUCAUUUUUCUUUCAAACACAGGUGUACCCUAGUUUUCCAAACCCUGAUCUAUGCAAUUGUAGCCUUCCCCAAAGAUCAGUGAGUAGUAGAGGGAUGAUGUGCUUUUGUAAAGCAAUUCCUCUUAGGAAGGAGCCCCUUUUAAGUGUGAAACACCCUCCCUCCCCUUCCAGCACCUAUGAAAACAUUUUCUCAUUCAUAGGUACAUGUGUUUGUGUAUAUGUGUGUUUGUGAGCGAGUGUUUUCCUGAACAUGUCCACAGCACCAACCCAUAUUUAAGUAUUGGAAAUGGGUUUCCGUUUGGAAUUGAUAGACUUUUACCACUUGAUUCCAUUGGGGAUUUGUCUAGGGAGAGGGCUGGUGAUUUUGUUUUGUUUUUUUUAGACAGUCUUGCUCUGUCACCAGGCUGGAGUGCAGUGGCACCAUCUCGGCUCACUGCAACCUCCACCUCCUGGGUUCAAGGGAUUCUCCUGCCUCAGCCUCCCGAGUAGCUGGGAUUUCAGGGAGCAGGCUGCCUAAUGAAGGAGCCAGGCUUGCACACAGACAAUUCUAGAACUGGUGGCCCGAGAGGGAUGUGAAGGCCCAAAAUGACCCUCUUACCGGGAGACAAUUCUGACUACGACUACAGCGCGCUGAGCUGCACGUCGGACGCCUCCUUCCACCCGGCCUUCCUCCCGCAGCGCCAGGCCAUCAAGGGCGCGUUCUACCGCCGGGCGCAGCGGCUGCGGCCGCAGGAUGAGCCCCGCCAGGGCUGUCAGCCCGAGGACCGCCGCCGUCGGAUCAUCAUCAACGUAGGCGGCAUCAAGUACUCGCUGCCCUGGACCACGCUGGACGAGUUCCCGCUGACGCGCCUGGGCCAGCUCAAGGCCUGCACCAACUUCGACGACAUCCUCAACGUGUGCGAUGACUACGACGUCACCUGCAACGAGUUCUUCUUCGACCGCAACCCGGGGGCCUUCGGCACUAUCCUGACCUUCCUGCGCGCGGGCAAGCUGCGGCUGCUGCGCGAGAUGUGCGCGCUGUCCUUCCAGGAGGAGCUGCUGUACUGGGGCAUCGCGGAGGACCACCUGGACGGCUGCUGCAAGCGCCGCUACCUGCAGAAGAUUGAGGAGUUCGCGGAGAUGGUGGAGCGGGAGGAAGAGGACGACGCGCUGGACAGCGAGGGCCGCGACAGCGAGGGCCCGGCCGAGGGCGAGGGCCGCCUGGGGCGCUGCAUGCGGCGACUGCGCGACAUGGUGGAGAGGCCGCACUCGGGGCUGCCUGGCAAGGUGUUCGCCUGCCUGUCGGUGCUCUUCGUGACCGUCACCGCCGUCAACCUCUCCGUCAGCACCUUGCCCAGCCUGAGGGAGGAGGAGGAGCAGGGCCACUGUUCCCAGAUGUGCCACAACGUCUUCAUCGUGGAGUCGGUGUGCGUGGGCUGGUUCUCCCUGGAGUUCCUCCUGCGGCUCAUUCAGGCGCCCAGCAAGUUCGCCUUCCUGCGGAGCCCGCUGACGCUGAUCGACCUGGUGGCCAUCCUGCCCUACUACAUCACGCUGCUGGUGGACGGCGCCGCCGCGGGCCGUCGCAAGCCCGGCGCGGGCAACAGCUACCUGGACAAGGUGGGGCUGGUGCUGCGCGUGCUGCGGGCGCUGCGCAUCCUGUACGUGAUGCGCCUGGCGCGCCACUCCCUGGGGCUGCAGACGCUGGGGCUCACGGCCCGCCGCUGCACCCGCGAGUUCGGGCUCCUGCUGCUCUUCCUCUGCGUGGCCAUCGCCCUCUUCGCACCCCUGCUCUACGUCAUCGAGAACGAGAUGGCCGACAGCCCCGAGUUCACCAGCAUCCCUGCCUGCUACUGGUGGGCUGUCAUCACCAUGACGACGGUGGGCUAUGGCGACAUGGUCCCCAGGAGCACCCCGGGCCAGGUAGUGGCCCUGAGCAGCAUCCUGAGCGGCAUCCUGCUCAUGGCCUUCCCAGUCACCUCCAUCUUCCACACCUUCUCCCGCUCCUACCUGGAGCUCAAGCAGGAGCAAGAGAGGGUGAUGUUCCGGAGGGCGCAGUUCCUCAUCAAAACCAAGUCGCAGCUGAGCGUGUCCCAGGACAGUGACAUCUUGUUCGGAAGUGCCUCCUCGGACACCAGAGACAAUAACUGAGCGCGGAGGACACGCCUGCCCUGCCUGCCAUCUGUGGCCCGAAGCCAUUGCCAUCCACUGCAGACGCCUGGAGAGGGACAGGCCGCUUCCGAGUGCAGUCCUGGCGCAGCACCGACUCCCACGCACCCGGGGAAGGACACCCUCACUCCCACACCCCGGGAAGGACACUUGAACAUCAGCAGAGGGGCCCUGCCCCUCCGCCUGCAGCCGUGAAAGGAAGCUGGGUCAUCAGCCCAGCCCCGCCCACCCCAGCCCCUAUGUGUGUUUCCCUCAAUAAGGAGAUGCCUUGUUCUUUUCACCAUGCAAAUAACAUGCCCAGCAAAAACUUGCUUUAUGGGUCUGCCUGGAGAAAAAAAAAAUACAAACAGCAGAAACAGCA